AAUGUCUGUGCGUCUUAUGGAGCGGUGGGCCUGGUAUUCCCCCCCCCCCCCCGUAGCCGCCGCUGCCGUGUUGGAAUACCGGGCCAGUCUCUCGGCUCUACUAUGCAGAAGAACCUGCUCCUUGGUCCUACCCGUACCUCAGUCCAUCAGUGUCCUGCUUUUACCGGCCAUCUUCUCUCCCUGGUGCCGGAAUCUUCAGUGUAGGCACAUGGCUGUGACUGAUUGUGGCUUCUCAGCCGGGUGCCCACUGUGCAUGUGCUAGAAGUGCUGCAAUUUUUCUGCAGUCUCUGGUCAUCUCCUGUACUGUGUCUGCAGUCUCUGGUCAUCUCCUGUACUAUGUCCGCAGUCACUGGUCAUCUCCUGUACUAUGUCCGCAGUCUCUGGCCAUUUCCUGUACUGUGUCCGCAGUCUCUGGUCAUCUCCUGUACUAUGUCCGCAGUCUCUGGUCAUCUCCUGUACUAUGUCCGCAGUCUCUGGUCAUCUCCUGUACAGUGUCCGCAGUCUCUGGUCAUCUCCUGUCUGUGUCCGCAGUCUCUGGUCAUCUCCUGUACUAUGUCCGCAGUCUCUGGUCAUCUCCUGUACUAUGUCCGCAGUCUCUGGUCAUCUCCUGUACAGUGUCCGCAGUCUCUGGUCAUCUCCUGUACUGUGUCUGCAGUCUAUGAUCAUCUCCUGUACUGUGUCUGCAGUCUCUGGUCAUUCCCUGUACUGUGUCCGCAGUCUCUGGUCAUUCCCUGUACUGUGUCCGCAGUCUCUGGUCAUCUCCUGUACUGUGUCUGCAGUCUCUGGUCAUUCCCUGUACUGUGUCCGCAGUCUCUGGUCAUUCCGUGUACUGUGUCUGCAGUCUCUGGUCAUCUCCUG